AUGGAACACGGGAAUGAGAGACAAGCAGGCCCUUCUUGGGAUACCCCACUAAUUCAUAACGAUAUUGAUGAAGAUACCAGUAAGCAGUGCUCUAUGUCUCUAUCGGGCAUGGAACAUAGCAAACACAAGAAUACUAAUCAAGAUUCUGUGUAGUCUUGGUCGGAACUAAGGAUAUAGAACAGCAUAGAAAGACCGUAGCCCUUAAAGUCAGUGACGAAGAGCCUUCUCUGUCAAGACCUUUUGCUAACGUAUUGUGGCAGUUGAUGGAGUUCGGGAAAACCAAAGUAUAUGACAAAAGGGUUCAGAAUGAUGAAACUACUGGUACAAGUCGUCGAGCCACUAGCGCAACAAACGUUUGGUUAGCUCCCGUACUUCUAUCAACAGAUCCCCACCCGUUCUCUCAUCCCUAUCUAAGACUCAUUUAUAAGCAAAUGCAGCAAAACUGACCAUCUCUAUAGGCAAAUGGGAAGGAUGUUCAGCAAAGUUAUAACACGAGGUCGUAUAGAGACUGAAUUUGAAAAAAAUAGCGCCAUAAAAUACAUGCGUGAGAGGGCUGACGAGCAACAACGGCCAGACCGUGUUGUGUGGAGGGGUGACCCCCAAGCGGAUCGUCCUAGGAAAAAUCGUGAACUGGGAGAUUAUGAGAAGGACUUCUUUCUUCUCAAGCCUGAUAUUCACGCCAGUGCAACCAGGUUCAUAACGACCAUGGGGAGAUCCGUCUUGAAAAUGCCGCAUAGCGUUACUUUGAGGUGUGUCGUUUUGAAAAUGCUGGCGUACGAGCAGCGGGACCGGAUUACUUCCAGGGAACUGUUAAAGGUUUGUAGGGACAGUAUUAUGAUAUCGCGAGCUGCAGACCAGCAGAUGAGGAAAAUUCCCGUCGAAUUUCCCUUUGAUACGUCUGGUCUUAGGAGCGGGGGAAACAGGGGAGGCGAAACAUCCGGUGGAAUCAGAAGACCGUCAUCUGCUCAAGGUAAUCCAGCUUUCUCCAAUUCAGAAGUCUCAAAUUAUCUACAAUCCUUUAGGCGUAACACUUACAUUUUUGAUAGCUCCUACAGCAGUGGCGAGUCCAAGUGCGUGCCUUAAUCAAGGGGGCGACCAGCCCAAACCUCCACCGGUCGUCGCAUAUAAUGACCAGAUCUACCAUCUCGCUCCUGACGAACCUCCACCAAUAGGCUCAAUACUCGACGGAUUACUUGAAAUAAAGGACACAUUUGGUCAAAGGUACUGGCCGGACUUACUGGAAAAUGCAAAGUGGGCUCGUGAAAAUUUCAGGAUAGGAGGAUUGGAAGAGGAAGAACGACAAUAUACGAGGGAGGUAGCUGAGCUUGAACGUGAUUGGCGUAUCGAUUAAGAUUGUGGUUGAGGUCCCGAGGUUUUAUCAUUCUGAAUAUGAUACUGUAAAUUAUAGGUAGGCUUCGAUCGAGAAGAAGCUUUAGAGAAUCAUAUUCGAGAGAAC